AUUUCUUCUAAACACAAGUCUGAAGUCUGCAUGUCACCUUAUACCCUUCUAUAUCAGGUUUUCGUCACCCGGAUUUAAUGCGCACUGAGCAAUGUUUACAGUCGGUAUAUGCACUGUCGCGUCCUAAAUACAGCCGAUUUUGCGCUACAGACUUCCCGGCGUUGUUUUCGUUUGUUUUACAGAGAAGAUUUUUGGGAUACCAUGCGCGCAAAUAAACAAUUACAACUAAUUCCCCAGCUGGUUUGAGCACUGAAAUCUCGCGCGCUUAAACUCAUACAAGGCAUACAAGCAUCCCUCUGUGAGAGACGAGAGAAGCUUAUUGGUUGACCGCAAAGGCCGCAAGGAAAUCACUUAAGGGUGGGCUUAUCGCUAAGGUAUUAAAACCAGCUCUCGUGUGCAGACGGCCACAAAACACUCAAGUCUCCUGGCUAAAAGUAAGACGACCAAAACCGUUGACGAAAUGUGGAAAAUGAAUUCGUUUUGCGUGCUGUUAACACUGGCAUUGUUCUCACUGGUUCGUGAGUUUGGAGUAUGGUAGGUGUUACCGUUUUGACAUAUAUUGGAUGUAAAUAGGCCGUUCUGAUUUGCGUGUGUAUUGUGCGCUUAAACAGACAGUAGGCCAGUUUAGACUUUGGACGUGACUCUACGCUGUGAGCAUCACAGGGCUUUAUAUUUUCAUUCACGAGAAGAAUUAUCGAAUAAAUAUUGUGUAAUUUGAAUUAACUCGUCAUAAAGUAACCACUUGCGCACUUGUUACAUAUAUUUGAUUUUUAAACAAGAUUGUACGAUUACGACAGAAAGCUCGCCUGUUGUUUGUCCAACAUGAAACGAUAACUUCGUGUUUCGAGUGGACUUUAACGAUCCAUUUUGAUAGCAUGAAAUAGAGAGAUUAAUAUUAAUAGAUGUUUGUUUUAAUCCUGUAUAGUACAUUAGUGUAAGUUAUAGUUUCGUGUGUUUUAAUAUUUAGAUUUCGCCACUUUGUAGCCAUAGGUGCAAAUGGUGGUCGAUCGCAGUUAUCAGUGUGAAAACAUAUGAAUGAAUAUUCCUCGUGUCUGCGAGAAAAAUGCAUAGCUUCAAAAUAUGCCUUCAAAAUGCAUCGUGUUUUAGAUUUCGGGUGCUGUGUAUUCUUAUAAAAAUAGAAGUAUUUUAAAAUGCGCUUGUACAAAUUCAUAUUCAAAUUCCGACGCUCGCGCGUUUUAAUGAUGACUGUUAUUAUUUUUUUUUAAAGGCCAUUUCAGUAUUACUUGUGUUUAUAGGCCAUUGUGGGACGGAGUUUAAUGUUCGUUCUCCCAUAUAAGUGCAAUAUUUGCAAAGUUCACCACCAUAUCUGCGCUCCUUACAUAAACCUGAACUGAAACCGAACAAUAGUCAAACACAUGUCAGAAUUCUUAUACUAUUACCGUUUCUAUUUUCAUAGCGAGGCUUCACCAAGUGGAACGAAUACCGAGAAAGGUCUGCAAAAGGUAGGCGAAUAAUAUUUUCUAAUGUAGCUAUCUCACAAUUCUCGCAUAAAGCGAUGAAGUUUGCUCGGUUAGAACCGGAAUUGCAUGCCGCUCGAUUUUAUUGAACUUAGCCGAAACCCUUGUUACUGCGGCUGCUGAGUUAUCUCGUAAUAAUGCACACACCGCAUGGCAUGCUAAAUAAUAGAUACCUAUUAGGUUAGGAUAUAGCUAGCAAUUAAUAAAAGAUCGAAAUGGCGAAAAUAUCCGCUGUCGAAAUUUAGUUUUAAUAGGAAUGUUUUCCUACCCAUUAUGUUUGACUGAUUUCCUUUUUAAUCAUAAAUCAACGAUAAAUGUAACGAUACCAAUUCAUUAAUCAAAAUCGGACGUUUCUGAUCAAAUGCAUUUCUAAAUUUGCUUGUAUGAGAUGUGAUAGUUUAAUGCUAUAGUAUUUGCAAUUCGCACCGGAUGGCUUGCAUGUUUGCGGAUGCAUGUAUACACAUAAUAUGUCAAUUUGCGCGACUGUGUUAAUGGGUAUCAACUAUCGUGCGCGAACUAAUUAAAUAUUCCAGAUUUACAUACGUGCCUGAGAUAUUACAAAAUCUCACAAAUUAACAUAUUCUGCGUGGCCGCAAGUACGCAAUUCACUAAUAUGUAAACUGUGAAGUGCGCAAUCGGAAUUAACUUGAUGAAAGCGGCAAAACCACAGAGACCACUGUUUUCAGCGGGCAUACGAUAUCAGAGAUUUUUGAAUACAAUAUUUCGUGUCGAGCUAAGUUCCGUUACAUAGCAUGUUUUCUGGGGUGUUAUGUGCAAUAAUCUAUAUUUAUUCACUAUGACAUAGUAUAAAAUGAAUUCAUGUACAAAGUUCCUUGUAUGUUUGCAUGGCAGAAAUAAAUUUAAUGGUUUCGUUGGAAUCAUUGCGUUCAUUAUGUAUAGCUGAGCUUUCGAUACUUGAGCCCGGAUCAAUAUCAGUGCAAAUAAUGUAAGACAAAGGCUUUACAAUAUCCUUUAGUUCCGGUUUUAUAUCCUGAAAAAAAUAAGGUAGGUAGGUCGGCAAAUCAUUUUUUUAUGAACUUUUUAGCUUCAUAUCGGUCAGCAAUGAUUAUAAGUUGGUAAACCUUUCAAGAAGUAAAUGUACAGUAGGCAAUGUUACUUUUCUGUUAGCCCUAUGAUUCUGAAUUCGCAAAUGGUGUAAAAAUGCGUGAAAUUGUAUAAAAUAAAUGUAUAAAAGUAUUAAUGGAUGUGUGAAUUGAAUUUAAUCUUAUUAAAUGUUCCCUGAUGAAUAUCCGUGCUUAGAAAUCGAGGGCUUUGCUAAAUAAAUAAACGCGGUGGUUUCAUUUCUUGCUGUCCCCUAUUUAAUAGCUUCUGUUCAAUUAGCAUAUUCCACGGGACCCAAGGAUAACUCCAAGCAACUGAUACUUCACGUCUUCACGAGCUUUGCGGUUGAGCGAAAAGAGCUGUGCUAGCAUAGAUUCUCAUUUAUCAAACUGAUGAUCAAGGACUUUAAGCGGGUUGUUUUAGCGUCCACCUAUAAGCCGCGCGCGCGCUUUUCAUCGCACGGCGCUAGAUUAUUAAUCGGUAUGUCUAAUCUUUUCGAGACGUAAAGUGUUUUGGUGAUGAUCGGAUAAACUUCAAUGAUAAUUUUUCGAAAGUAUGCGUAUUAUAUCAAAGAUAAACCAAAAAAGAUUACGCAAAAGGGCGUCUUGAAAAUCGAGGAUGUGGAUUAUCAAAUCAAGGUUGAUAUUUCGAGUUUGUUUCAAAGCCUUCUUCAGACAUUAAGUAACAUAAACUUGUAGUUAGUUUAUACAAGACUUUGAAAUAAAGUCAUUUUAAUCUUCAUAUUGGAUUGUAAAUAUGCUCUUUUUUGGAAUAGACACUCCCCGAAUUUGCUGCUGGCAAUCAAAGUUACUUAUUUCCACUGAAUUAUAUUGUCCGCCUCGAUUUCAAGCUAUUGUUUUGUGUGCACUCAAAGUGUUUGGCGAAAUUAAUAGAUUUGAAUAUUACUGAUACAUUCACCAUUUUGAACAGCUUAGCCUUAGGGCCCAUGCAGCCAACUGGGAAACUCACCCAGUGACAUCUGCAUGCCCUUCGUUAACACACAUAUAAAGUUCAAUUAGCCAUUUCCCCCAAAGUCCUGGGUCUAGUCGCAUCCCAUGUUGGAGGGACAAGAAAUAUGACAGCACACAUUUGAAUUAAAUGUCUAAUGUAAAAAGGAGAAAUUUGAUUUUUGGUCGUCUAAAAAGUUGAUAUAUGAUAGUAGAUACUUCUACUCUUUCACAUAUUUGACGCUUGUCACCAUAUAUUUUGUCCGUCCAAACGAUGCCAGAAUGCACUGUGAUCUCUUUUGGGAAAAGCCUAAUUUAUGUUCAUAUAUGAGAAACGAGCCAGCCAGGCGAGGCGAGAUCUCACCUUGCACUUGGCGUGGAAUCUCAGUCAAGUGGAAUGCAUUUUUCCUUAUGAUAUCUUUAUCCCACUUGAUCGGGAUGGACAUUUGGCCGAUUUUGAACUAUAAUGUAGUAUUGAACGGCAAAUCACACCUUGACUUGUUGUCAUUUUCUCUCAAUGCUCGGUUUACCACACAAAAAUGGCGGACAAGGCCUGCCAGUAAGCUCCAUUUACAGCUGAUGUGAUCGAGAACUUGCGUCCAAAAAGUGCAGCCAAUAUGACGGAAAUUGACGUCCAGUGCCAGUCCUUUUCUAUUGUUUUUGUCAGCGCGGUAGGUACAAAUGUGCGAGAAGUUUGCCGAAAUUUCGCAGUCUAAAAAAAUUUGUUUAUUUAAAUUGCGAUGUUCAAACGAAGUUUGGCAAUAUGUCUUCGCGCUUGUGGUGCACUUGUUUGGCGCAUGCUUCAGAGCACCGGACUGUAGUACUAUGCCUGGUUUAUACUUUUUUACCCAAAAAAGCUUAGAUGAUUUAAAUAAUCACUUGGCUCUAGACAAGUAAACUAUACAAGUCAGAUUUGACUCUUCAGAUUUCUCAGACUAAAUUAAGGAGGACUUGAGUCUUAUCCUUUAUCUCUACCAGUAGAGCUAUUAUAUCGUAUAAGCCUUAUAUUAUUAUAUAUAGUUUGCGAGUUGCCGUGAUGUUAAAAUUGAUCCGGCAAUUUUGUACUGAGCAGUUUUACUGCGAGCAUGAUGUAUGACGGACCGUUGGCGUUUGUGCUUACAAUUUUUGCUGUGAUUUCUAGUGCAAUUUUUUUUCUGAUGGAUGUGAACGAGUAAAUGAGAUAUGAAUGCUCUGAGUCAUCUAAACAUUCCUAACUCACCAUUCGUUCACAUACAUCAGGAGAAGAAAAUCGCAUUUAAAAUCGCAGCAAAAAUUGCAAGUGUAAACGGGCUAUAAAUUAAGCAGUCGCGUAUUGUUAUGGCCUGGGGGACAUUUUAAACUCUAGAUUAAUUAAUAAACAAAAUAAAGCUUUGAUUUCAACCUAUGUUUCAACUUGAAUAGAACACAUGAUACUGUUGAGACAGCAUUAAGAACAGCCAACCAUGCAAGGACGCAAGGUCGCGUGACCGCCAACUCUUGUGCACCCUCAUUCUCAGUGAACCGAGAAAGCGUCUUUAUUAAUACCAGCGUAUAAAAAUGCCGAAAAGUAUGUUGAAAAACGUGGUGCUAACCGAGUGUUGCUUAAACUUAUAUUGACAAUCUAACAGAAAAGGGAGGUACUCAAUAUGAAGCUGGAGCAUUUUGAGCCACAUAGUCAACCUGGUUAGUGGCACAAAACUUUGGGCCGACCCAGAAAUGACAAAUUGAGAAAAUAAGCCCUGUCCGAAUGUUUUUAUAAUGCAUCAAACUUUUUUUGGUUUAAUGUACUAAGUAUACUACUUAUGCUGAAUUAAAAUAGUUUCAGUUCCAUAUGAUAUGUUCUUCCAUGGAAUAAGCUAUCGAAAAUACAGGAUUUUUUCUAUCGAGCUACUUUAAUGAGUUUGAGAAAUAUAUACACAUCACGUCGGAAAUUAUUAGAAAAUUGAUAUAUAUGAAUUAAAAUGCCAGCAGUCCGGAAUGGUGUAUGUUUACACGUCUGCAGAAGGGGUUAAGAGACGUUUCCGUUUUGUUUUUCUUUCUAAGCCGCGAUCCGCUUGAUAGAGGACGUCUACGGUGUAGCUCAGACAUGUUGUGGAUGAUUUGAAAAUAUUUUCAUUGCGUUUGCGUGAGGGCGUAGUUAACUAUGGAUAAGAGGCGUUUUCCAUGUGUGAAUUUAAAAACAUGAUUAAAAAUCAAUUAUCGCUUUUGCUGACGAUGGUUUAAUUAUAUUAUGUUUAUCUUGCUAACAAAAUAGGAAAUUUCAGAAUCCUGCCCUCGGGCUUUUGAUAUCCGAGAAUUAGCAAGCAAAUACAUAAUAUAUAUAUUAUGUCCGUAUACCUCGCCAUGCUUUACAGAUCAUGAUCGAAAUUUUCUUCAAGUUUUGUAAUGUUAAAUGUAAUGGGGGAAAUCAUUGCGUAUAGAAUUUCCUGUGUGUAAAGCGGUCAAUUUUUUCCAGGAGAGGGUGGGUUAGUUGUUUUUGACCUUUUGUGUUUUUGGCUAGCACAUUCGUGUAUGUAUUUUCCAAUUUUAACACCCAUUUAGUGCGUUCAAGAGGUCGGCAAAACAUAAAACACCUCGAAGAAAGUUUAUGUGAUUAGCUUCGAGUAGGUUUUUUUCUCAUAAAUACCGUGUUUGGAAGUGAAAGCAGAAUUUUGAAUCGGACCACUUGAGACAUGCCAGAGGUUCAGACCUUUCCAGUGACUAUACAUAAUUCACUGACUUUGACAAAAACAAGAACUGUGUUGUCUCACUGAAUCGCGCAUCAUGUAGAAAUAAAGAAACUGCGUGAUUUAGCUCUUUCUAUUCCGAAAAAAGAAUUCAGCAAGAGAUGCGUCAAUUAUAAAGAAGCAUUUGCAUUGGAAUAAUCUUCCCCACGAUGCAAAAAAUUUGCUGAUUCCUUAAGUUCUUUCAAAACGAUUUCAGAAACAAAAAUGAAUUGAAACUUGCUCGUUAGCCAUACGUCUAUAUAGAGCAUAUUACACGGCGGCACGAAAAUAUGACUUUUAUCUUCGAGUGGUGAAAACCAAUAUGCGCUCGUUCGUAAAAUAUUGUAUGGCAAUGAAACGAACCGCUAUAAUUUCAAACCGUUAUCCGACGAGUCGUCAAAAGUUUCCCUCUAUAUACGUACAUUCAAAUUUUCUGCUAAGAUCGGGUAAAAUUGAAAUAUUUUUUACAGUAGCACUUCUCGCGUGUGUAUUUUCGAGUGAUUUAAUCCGAUAAGUGAAAAAGAUAGCUGAUAUUAAAUUUGUUUUCAUUGCAUAUAAAUCCGCAAAGUUCAACAUCGACAAGCUGUUACAGCGCAUGGGUUAUAUACCAGUUGAAACUGGUCGAUAUAACAAUGUCUCUUACUGCGAUAGAGUAUGUAAAUAUUGCGAUCUGAAUGAAGUUGAGAAUGAACAACAUUACCUAUAUAAUGAUUAAUGUCAUACAGAAAUGCAAUAUGCAUAAUUAUUCUUGAGAAUAAUUUCAUUGAGAGCAUUUAUGUUUUAGGUAGUAUUAGGUGUUAUCUAUUAUUUUAUAAUUUGUUUAUAUCCUUUGUUUCGCUUUUGCUACUUUGUUUGAAAUAAAUUAAUAUAAAUUAUAAACAAAACUGGCCGAGCUAGGAAACUAGAAAACGAAAAGUUGAAAAAGAAAUUGCUUUUCAGUUUUCAUUCUUUCAAACGGAACGACAAAAUCAUUUGCGUCGUGUGACCGUUGUCACCUUUAAUACAUGCAUGUUGGGAGCUACAAUUAUCAGCAUCACAAAAGCCAAACCGCAAACUUUAAAACUGUGUACCCCUCGCUGUUUCGCCACAAUUUAAUGCGGAUGAAACAAAGUACUAAAGAUUCCGCCAGUUAAAUCCCAGUCAUUGAACAAUUUCCGCACAUACUGAUUGCGUUUAUCGUGUUGUUUGUAAAAAUAAUUGUUUGGAUUAAAUGCGCAAGGCUUUGUCGCUUGUUGUUUUACGGACAUUGUUGGAUUACUUUGCUUUCCUAAUUUGCAUAAAAUACGUAUGGUACGUUAAUAUGUAAUAACAAAAUUCUCGUACGUCAUUGCAUAUCUGAAAUCUCUUGAAUUUCCUUCAUAAUGUUGGUUUUUCUAUAUAGAAUAUGGCAUUUGCAUUUUUCGCGCGCAUCUGCUGUCGGUUAAAGCUUAAAUAUGUGUGGAGUUUUGCGUUCGGAAUUAAGCUUUCAAGAUAGAAUAUUAAACGAUGUUCAUGCAUUUUCGGGCUCACAAUUGUUUGUAUUUUAUAAACGAAACACCUGAGAGUGUUUUAGUUAUAUGCGAUAGUAUCUCAAACGUGAAGUGCAUGCAGUGUAUUGUUUUAUAAAUAAUUAAAAUAAACUGUCGUGGUUUUGGGUCUGAACUACCUCGAGGAAUAAAAUCUUAGUUUCGUAUAAUCCAAUAGAACAAAAAAAUUGAAAAAAGUUUUAAAAUUAAAAUAUCUAUCUGAAGAUAGCUAAUUGUGGAUUAAAAUCCACAAUUUCAAAUACCUUCAGGCUAUUAUACAAAGUUAAGAAUAUCAGCUUAUAGAUUGCAGGUUGAAACUGGUCGAUACAAAAUACAACAAUGUUUCAUAGAGUACAUAUAUCAUAAACAUUGUGGUCUAAAUGAGAUUGGAGACGAAUGACAUUUUUGAAUUAAUGUCCUGAAGCAAAAAAAAAGCUUAUACCAAUCUUAUCGAGAAUCUUAUAUAUAGAAUUAAUUUUAUAAAUAAUCUUUGUAAAAUGUAAAAUAAAUUCUUCGUUCUCUUCAUUUACAAUUAUCAAUAUAUAUUUUUACAUAUUAUAUAAUGGCUAUAUGCAUGACAAAUCAAUUAUGACUCUAGUUGCAAAAUAUAUAGUUACGAUGUUAUCACUGGUCUAGGUUACGAGGUUAGGAUGCGGAGCCAAUAUCAAAUUUAGGCUACUUAGGAAGCAAAAAGAACUGAUGACAUUUAAGUCUUUGGAAGGAAUGACCCCUAUAUCUAAAACGAAUGUUUUAGAUAAGUAUAUAUUAAGAAGUAACAAUCGUAAAUUAGUCCUUCCUAAACCAAAUACAAACUUUCUGAAGAAUAGCUUUUCCUAUACAGAGGAGCCGUGUCAUGGAAUAACUUAUACCUCCACGACAUUACCAAUAAUGAUGAGAGAGUCUUUCUCUUCAUUCAUUCAUUAGAAAUUACCGCGACGUCUGAAGUGUCCAAUUUAUAUAUUCAUUGACUGUAAAUUUCUAUUAUUAAAAUCCAAAUUUUGUAAAUAGCUAUAUUUUAGUAUUCAUAGAUAGCCUAUAUAGGCUAAUUUUGUAAAUAAUUAUUGCGAAUUUCUAAGCAUGCAUGUAAUAUUUUUGUAAGCACGGCCUUAGAAAAAAACAGACUACUACAUGAAAGGCCAUCGUGGUUAAUUAAACAAGUUUAAAUAAUAAUAAUAAUAAUAAUAUUAGUGCGUUCCUUGUUAAUGUUUUCUUGUGAUUUUUCAUGUAUGUAUCUACAUAUACCGAAUGGUAUUUAUGUUUAUUAAAUAUUAUUAUUAAAACGCGUCGAGCGAAGGCUUUUCGUCAGGAAAUUACCACGUUUUUUCUAUGGAGCAAAUCGACCCCUUACGCAGCAUAUUUAGCAUGCGGAAGUUCACUGACCUCAAACCGCGACGCGAAACCCUCAUGCGAUGAUACUGAAUGUCUGAAACCGUGGUCUGAAGAACGAGAAAAGUCGGCGGCAUUUUCAAACACAAUUCUUUAAUUUCCGCAAGCGAAAUUCUCACACACGCAUCUCAGCUGGAGAACGAAUGUGUAAAAUAUUGUGUUGACAACUGAUUGAAUUUUAAUAUGCGAUUGCUGAGAUCGGUUGACAAGCUUGCGUAAAUAUGAUUUAUUGAAUUCUCAACCCUAAUGGUAACUUCCAUGUUUAAAAAACUGGUGGACGAGGUCUCGUGUUAGUGCUUUAUCUGUAAAAUUAUGCUAAAAUGAAGAGGUUUUAUAGAUGGUACGCCAAAAAGAAAAUUAUGUCUGAAGUUCAGCAAGUUUUGCUUAUAUUGCUGCACAGCUAUAUAUAUGCAUGGCGUCAAUUUUACAGCAUCAAUGAUAAUUGUAUUUUAAUUGACAGUAUUUAACUAUUAUUUUGUGUUUCUCAACCGCCAGAUACAUUUAGAAAGGUACCUAACUGUGUAAUCUACAAAAUAAAGCUAAAACAAAGUAAUUUACAAUACAUUAAAAAGAUGUCGUUCGUUGAGAAAACUUUGCCAUAGGACUGUCCAUAGUAAAACCGUUCUGCACAUGUAAUUUUAAUAAGACAAUUGGCCACUCAGUGUUUGUUUUAUCUGGUCAAGUUUUCCAGAAGUAGAUGAUGGAGUUUGUGAUCAGGUUGAGACAUUUUUCAAAUUAGUUCCAUGCACAUGUUUCGUAGUCUUUCAAAAUAUAUUAUCCGCACUGCCCUUUUCUGUACCUUUUCAAUGUGUGCCACACCUGUGCGGUGUGCCCCAUAUUCUAAUAGAAACACUACAUACAAACACUACAUAUAUUCGAAUACAAACACUACAUAUAGUACAUACAAUACAUACAAACGCACACUUGUGCGGUGUGCCCCAUAUUCUAAUCUGACAGCACUAGCGUGCAUGGUUAACUGCACGUUAAACAAAAUAUGGAACGAAAAAUAGAAAUUUGUUUGACUUAAUGACUAAUGUGUUUGCAAGAAACCGUUCUAGAAUAUUGGCUGUUUUCUUAUCCUGAUGUAUAUUGUACUCUCGAUUUGAAAAAUGCAAUAAAGAAUUUAAAAACAACCUUAUCACGGGAUGUAAUCACGAUUAACCGUCGUGUAAACACAGACAUCACGAGAUCAUGUUUUUCUUAACAAGAAGCCGACUUUAAAAAGCAAGUGGCAGAAAUGAUGCAGGAAUUAACACGGAAAUCUGUACUUUAAGUUCAACUCAAGAGAUGUGAAUUUUAUACAUUUAUUAUCGAGCUAACUAUAUAUAAAUGUAUUAGAUGUAUAAAUGUAUUAUGUGUUUAUAUUAGACCUAACUUUAUAAAUGUAUUAUUGUAAUACUGGGCCUAACUAUUUGUCAAACUCAUUAAUAAUUCAUGAAGAGAACACAAAAGAAAUCAUGAGCGUGAAGGAGUUUGAAUAUCUGAUAUAAAAUCACGCUGGUUUAAAUAAACGUUCAAUUUUCUCACCAAAUGUCAUUAAUUUAUUUUAAACUGUUGAAGAAUACGAAUGUUUUCAUCAAGCCAUUUACAAACAUUCCCGUCUGUGACAGUGUUGACUGUUGUAUCGGAUAUACAAAUUCUCGUCUUUGUACAUCCGAUACAGCACGACCGCUCAGCUUGAGUUGAUGAGUGGACUGGGACGAGUGUUAAAAAGUGCCCAAAUUAAGAAAUGAACCAAAUCACUAAAAAGACCACCUCAAAAUUAGUAAGUAUACAAAGUUUGAAGACGUUCACCUGAAUACCCUUCGAGUAAUAAGCUUUCGAAAUUGUGAAAUUGCUGAUUACAAAACUGUUUUUGGGAUGCGCAUCCCCCAAAACAAAAAUUACAGUACAUUUCGUAGUAAAUAUCGCGAUUUUCGAAAGCUUAUUAUUCGAAGGGUAUUCAUGUUAACGUCUUCAAACUUUGUAUACCGACUAAUUUUGAGGUGGUCUUUUUAGUGAUUUGGUUCAUUUCUUAAUUUGGGCACUUUUUAACACUCGUCCCCAGUCCACUCAUCAACUUUGGAAUGGCUAACUAGACCUAACUUUACAAAUGUGUAAAAUUUGUGCUCGAAAUUUCCAUCUACGAAAUCCUUCUUGAAUUUCUUUGUUUGAAAAGUAACAUAACGAAUUCUCGAAAUAUCGAAAGCUGUUUAUUACGGCGUGCAAAACUUCUCAAACUCAUGAAUAAUUCAUCACAAAACACACGUUAUUUUGCUACCACAGUUUACCACAGUAGCAAACGUUCAUAAAUUAAAAGGCAACUUGCAAUGAACUUUUCUUUUAAUAUCAUGCACUCAAAAUAGUUUAUUAUAUUUUGUGAUAUUUAUUACAUGGCCCUCGUUUCUCGACACACUUUGUGUUCAUCGUGUGUGAUAUCUUAGCGAGGUUCAGAUUUGGCUAACCGCUUCCUCUCACUGGCUUACCACGCAUUUGAUUGGUUAAUUGGGUAGAUUAAACGCAUCUGAUUGGUUAAUGACAGCGGUAGUGGAAGUCAAAUUUGAACCUUUUUAUUACUAGCCACCCUAUGUUGCCAAUUUCAAGAAUGAAAGAAUAAAAAAAGGUUGUGGCAAAAUUAAAAGUAUAAAGAAUGUUAUUCUUUCAUUUUAAGAUCUCCAUCAGUCACUUACUCGAUUUCUUUCUAUCUAGAGAAAGAGUCGUUCAAAAUCAGACACAAAAUGCACGCCCAGGAUGGAAGGACAGCUGAGGUAUAUAUCCGGCAUUAUUCAAAUCUGUCACUCCAAAUCAUGGACGCCCAUAACAAACCUUUUAAACUCUUCACCAAGACAAGGAACUCUGCCUCGAUCUUGUCUCGAUGCCAAAUUCAAAGGUCUGGAUAGAGGCAAGGGAGAUGGAUUUUACUGGCUUAAUCCCUCCGGUAUAGAUGACCUUAAGAACUCAUUUGUCGCGUAUUGUGAUAUGACCACCGCGGGAGGUGGUUGGAUGUUGGCCGCGAAGAUCACGCAUGAUUUUGCUUGGAUCUGUCCGGAGCGAAAAGGAUCGAGUUGUUUCAAUUCAGACGUGAAUCCACUCCGAGCUAAUUUAUUUCAUUCCUCGCACGCGAGGGAUUUUGUUGAUCUGAGAAUUACGAAUGAUGAAAAUUCGGGUGUUCACCUCAAGAAGACGCUCAUCAGAAAGAUUUUUGAAAGUAAGUUUUGGCUUUUUUGUGGUUGUUGUUGUCGUUGUCGUCGGUGUUGUUGCUGUUGUCGGUAUUGCUGUUGUUGUGUUGUUCUUUAUUGUUGUUGUCGUUGUUGUUGUUGUUGUCGUUGUCGUUGUCGUUGUUGUUGUUGUUGUCGUUGUUGUUGUUAUGCUGCCAUUUCGUUAUUGUGUUGUUGUGUUGUCGUUGCUGUUGCUGUCAUUGUUGUUUUGGUUGUUGUUGCGUUGUUAUUGUUCUGUUGUUGUUGUUAUUGUCGUUAUCAUUGUUGAUAAUGAUGGUGUUCUUUUGUUGUUGUUGUUGUUGUUGUUGUUGUUGUUGUUGUUGUUGUUGUUGUUGUUGUUGUUGUUGUUGUUGUUGUUGUUGUUGUUGUUGUUGUUGUUGUUGUUGUUGUUGUUGUUGUUGUUAUUUUGUGGCAAAAGUGGCAAAUUGCUGGCAAAGUGCCAGUACCACAUCAGCCCUAUUGAUGAGUUUCGUGAGUAGAACUUGCGAGCAACAGUUGGUAUAACCUCAGAACUGUGCACAGGGGUAGACUGAGUGGUCGGUCGGGCAAUCGGACGCGAACUGAGGGUUGGAGGACUUUGAUGGUCCGGAAUUACUGAAAGGAGGACAGAUUCAGACAAUUUGCUUUUGCUGGAAAUUUACCUGGCUUCCGAGUAAUGAUUCCACGAUUGGCCCCUCCUUGUGCAAGCUAGUCCUGCCGCCAAUUUGUUAUCGAAAAUUGUAAAAACAUUUUUAUUGAAAAAAAAAGAAAAUCUUCUUUCAAAAAAGAGGAAGUCGAGCAAGCGCGAUUUUUUCCCCGACUUUUGUUUAAUUAAAUUGGGAUUAUGAUUGUUUGCAUUAAAAUUUUUUAUAAAUUUUUUUAUGUACAUUUUUACAUAUUAGUAUAUAUUCGUAACUUAGUAUUAUUUAUACACUCGAGGGAUCACGCCCGGAUUUUAUUCCUUACCAAGGCGGACACUGGUAGCAGCAAAAAAACACAAUAUGCCAAAUACAGCUGCUGCACGAUACUGCAUGCUUAAGCCUGGUUCACACGAUGAAAUAAGCAUAAGCACAAGCAGCGGAACCUUUGAUGUGCAUAAGCAUAAACAUAAGAAGAACAAAUGUUGCGUUCUUCUUAUGCUUUCGUUUAUUCCACAUCAAAGGUUCCGCUGCUUGUGCUUAUGCUUAUUUCAUCGUGUGAACCAGGCUUUAUGCAGGGGUCAGCCCCAAACGAGGCUCUAAUUGUCCGGCUGUCAAGGGCCCCCCCCCCCCCCCCCUAUGCUUAAUGCUAUAGUAAAAUCCACAUAUAGAAAGCUUUGGUGGUCCAACAUCUUUGACGCAAUAACAUAACGCCUUAUAGCAAUCGAGGAACACAGCGGGCCUUUAAUUUAAUGUUUAUUUGACUGAAGCUUUACACUUACAUAGGACUUAAUUUUGGGAAAAUCUGUAUAGAUAAAUAUUUACACACGUGAUAUUCUUAAUAUUUGAGGAAAGAUUAUAGUUUAAUUCUCAAUUGAAAAUGUCCUUAUCGAUCUUCCUGGUUGUUUUUUUAUCACUGAUCUCAAUCUCGUUCAUAAUCCAAUUGAUGCGUUCUGCGUUGAACUAUAACAUGUACAGCUGAGAUUGGAAGGUUUAAAAUAUGCUUAUGAAUUAAAGUUUCAGCUGUUAAAUAAUCAUUUGAAUAUGCAAAAAGUUGCUCAAAGAACAAUUAGCCAUUUCCCAAAGUCCUGGGUCUGGUCGCGCGAAUCCCUUGGACAAGAAAUAUGGCAGCGCACAUUUAAAUUAAAAGUUUAAUGUAAAAAGAUAUUUGUGAUCGUGCAAAAAGUUGAUAUUUGACAGCAGAUACUUCUACUCUUUUUCGCAUAUUUGAUAUUUGAUCACGACAAGGGCACCUAAAAAUUUUCCCGGAAAUGUUGGCGACGGGGGGAAGGGGGAGGGGGGGGGAGGAAAAAACAAUUUUGCAAUCAUAUCAUAUUCCAUGCUUAACAUAAUACAUUUGCCUAAAUUUCGAAUUGCAACGUACAAUCAACGUUUUUGACCACAUUUUUUGUUAAGAAACAUCGACCAAAAGUGAAUUUAUUUGUUUCAUGGACAUUAUUUACUGAAGGGCACUUUUCGUAAGAAUUGCAGGUUAUAUUCUGAACAAAGACAAAGGGCACUUUUUGUGUCUUCUGAAAACUUGGGUGGCCUAGGUCCCCUUGCCCGCCCCGCCCCCCGGUUCCUUCGCCCCUGGCUGCACAACCUCGGUCCAGGCUUUUUUGCGCGGUCUUGAUGAGUACAAUUACCAAAUUGUUGAAAUAUGGUUGAAAUUUUUAAAAUAUAUGUAUUGUUAACCUUGUCCAUAGAUUUGUUUUGGUAUGGUUUUUGUUGUAUUUUGUUGUGGUAUUUCAAAUUUAUUCAUUCUUUCGUCAACAGGUGGUCUACAGUCAGUUCGUUUUACGUUUGUAACCGCUAACCAAGGUUGGACGCCUAGCGAGGACGCAUACGCAGCAUUCAACAGAGAAAAAUCCAACUCGAUGUUUGUUAAUAAAAGCUGGGUCGAGUACAGCUUAGGGAGAAUGGAUUACACUUGGAAUGUUAUUAAACACGAGAGGGGUGGCUUUAAAUUCACAGGUAGAGACAUGAUUUCUUUACUUUACGUGUAAUUAUAUAGAGAAUUCUGUUUAUUUAUCAUUGUAUGUGUUUUUAUUUAUUUUAAGCAUGCUCUGCAUAUAUCACUUCUCAAAUUCAUUAAUAAUUCAUGAGUAAUUCAGCCAAUGAUAAUCACCUAUUUGAUCACAAGAUGCCAUUUGGAUAACCCGGUGAAACUUGAUGAAAGUCACUAGUGUUUUCAUCAAAUAUCUUAAUUACGCAUGCAAAAUUACUUGAAUAGAAUUCCUAAUUGCUUUAUGCUUGGUUAAGAAUUCUAUUCAAAUCAGCAAACGAAAACAUUCUGUUACGUCUCGAUUCAUUUGAGAAGCCAUAUAAACAACUCGAGCUCGUGUCUCACCGGGAUAUCCAAACACUCGAAAACAAUGUAUGAAAACACUCGCGCUUCGCGCUCGUGUUCUCAUACAUUGUUUUCUCGUGUUUGGAUAUCCCGGUGAAACACUCACUCUCGUUGUUCAUAUAUUACAUCGCAUUACAUUGUCAUUGAGAAAAAUAUUGAUAUUUAACAUUUAUGACUGUCGAAUCCCUAUUAACGAAUACCUCCCUUAAACGGACACCUCUCAGCGGACAGACCCAAUGAGCCGAAAAACCUUCCUUAAACGGACAACUGGUGAAUGCAUAAUAUGCUAAUUUCCAUAGCAAUGAACAGUAAAAAUCAAUUUGAAGAAAAUUAACUAGACAGUAUGUUUGUUAUUAAUGUGUUGCAGUAUUUCUAUGUAGUAUACUAAUAACUUGAACCGAUCUCCUACAACAAACUUUUCUUGUUUUAAUUUGUCUUUCAAGCAAUCGGAAGACAAACUGUCUCCUCAAAACAUGAACUCGCUGGGAAGUUCCACACCACAACCAGCCCCUCCUUUGACACGUUUACCUUUGAUCACUAUACUUAUCCUAAAUUAUUUGGACGUUUACCUCCUGCUGUGUUCGCUGUUGCAAACCUCUCUGACUGUAAUAGCUAUAUUUCAAGUCGUGAAUAGUAUUUGGCUAAUUCUAAGAAGAUGUAAUAUAUCUUUAUAGUAAAAAACCUCAUUUUGAUCAACUUUUUCAGUGUCAUGGUUUCCGGAUAUGAUGUAAUUAGAUUAAUUUUUCAACAAAAACAAAGUUAUAAUAGUUUUGUUUGUGGAAACACCACGUAAAUUUAUUACUGCAAAAUAAUUUGUGUUUCCACAAACAAAACUAUAAUAUGUUUUAUCGCCAUGCAAACGUACAAAGAACUUAUUAAAAACAAAGUUAUAGGCGUUCUCGUAAGUCGUAAUGUUUAAUCAGUCACAAAACGUUUAAUCCCACAACAAAUAAUAUUUCUGUAUAUAUUCAUGUAGGCAGUAUACUGUGUUGGGGAAGCAACGUCGAGACUUCUUAUCGUUUUUACGAACACGGCCUACAUCUUGGCAGUGCUGCGUUAGGAAAUAAAAAAUGUCAUCUCGCAAAUGACGAGACGGAGAUUAUGCUAAAGAGUCAUUACACUAGAGUGGAUGAGACAGGACGCACGGCAACCUGGGACCGCGCACAAUUUGGCUUUCUGACGUCACGAUUUUUACAAGUGCCUUGUAAACGGAUUGCAAUCUGGGUCAGAUGAGAAGUUGUGUGUUGCAUUAUCAUGCUGCAGAGAAUGAGUUCGUCUUGAAUUUUCACCAACACUUAAUGGCCUUUUUAGAUAAGCGCCCUGUUACAUACGGAUAAACGUUCUAAUAUUCAGAUCUUGCAGUCAUAUGAUAUAGUAUUACGUCACGGUAAGAAAUCCGCGAUUUUUGGUGGCAAAAAUAAUAGUGGGCACUGUAGACAGCAGUGGAAACCACCGCCUGAAUUCGCUAGAACAUAUAGCAUUUGUAAACUGGCUUAACAGCCAGUUAAGUGAAAGGGAACAUUUGGAGAUCCUUCGAGAUAAACUUGGGAAGUUUAACGUUUAUUUGAUAUCUUGUAUGUUUUUAUUUAGCUUUAAACAUUUUCCACCCAAAACGGCUAACACUUGUUUGCAUCAUCACUACCACUGGAAAAAAAAUGAAAUCCAUACUACGAAAUUUGCAAUUGCACCACUAAAUCCAUACUAUUUCCUUACAAAAUCCAUAUACUAAGGAAAUAUACAAUUAUUAUGGAUAACCAAAAUCCAUUUCCAAUAAAGAUCCAUUCAAUUUCCAUACUGUGACCUUCUAUGGAAUUUCAAAAUUUUUUCCAGUGUACCCAAAUUCACUACUUUGAAUAAAGUAGACUUUCCACUUUACGAGUACGACUACGCGAGAUUCGGUUACUGUAUAUGCAUGGAUACGCCAUAUUCUUAAUUAGUUAAACGGUAUCUUUUUACGCCAUCAUCUAUACUGACGCCUUAUGAAUCUCAUAACCAUGGCCAAAUUGACUACGGGAUUUUUGAAAAGUUUCGUAUUAAUGCAAGCAUCUAUAUACUACGAGAUUAUGGGGUGAAGAAGAUGUCGAGCAUGUGCAAACAACGAAUCUCGUAGUCGUACUCGUAGUACAAACUAAAGCUCUCUAAUAAUAAGUGGAUUGCAACCAAUCUCUUAGGAAUUAAAAGACAAUUAAGUGCGUUUGUUGAAAUAUAACCAACAUGGCUGCCGUGACGUAACGUGCAAUCGACCAAUAUAUCGGAUCUCGCAAAGUCAUUUUUAAGCUUGGUGAAUAUUCAAAACGUCGUCAAACGUAUAUAUAAGUUGACAUCUGGUUAGUGAUUUUAAUAUCUGCUUCUGUGAUAGAGAAGCUAUUAGUCUAUAUAUAACAUAUUUAUUCUACAUUUGCAACAAAAUAAGAAAGACAGUGAAAAUAACUGUAAUAAUUUUAGAAUUUGUUGCCACUAAGAUAGAGAUUGACUAAGAUAUAUACUGUAUCGUAUUAAAAAUAACAUAACAUGUCUGUGUUGUAUUUAAUUCAUUGUACAAUGAGUACAAGAUGUAUUGAAAAAGUAAACAAUUUUCAAAUGGCCACCAAACUGAAAAUUAUCGAAGAAAACGACAUUUUUGUGGGAUUUUUUAUUUAUAUUUUGCUUAUUGUUACUCUUUGUUCUGAGUAAAAUUGUGCGCAAAAAUUGGGAGUCACCGCAUGCUUAUUUUUUUUAUUGAUUGAAUGAUUGAAUGACUGAAGAAGGCAAGCACACAGGUGUUUAUAAUUAUUGUAUAUUAAUUUUUAUAUCAUUACAUAUGAUAAAAUUUAAAUAUUCUAAAGCUAAAAAUAUAUGUUAUAAAUAUUAUGAAUAUCAACCCUAUGGACGAUUUGGGAAAAUGCUCCCUUCGUUAAAGAUGGUUCUUCACACUAUCAAAAGUAUACUUUUCGGGAAAGGUGAUGACAGUACAAGCCACUUUUUGAGCAGGUCUGCCCGCCGCCGCGGAACACCUGAAAAGCAGGCGAGGCGAAAGACCCGCCUUUCGAGUGUCCCCCGUCAUGUGUCGUAUACCUGAUGUAAAUGCCCCAAACUCAUUUAGUUCAUUUGCAUAAAGUUUUGUACAUGAAAAGUUCGACUAACUUGGCCUAAUUCAAAGCAAUGGUCCCCAUGCAAACGUUUGUAGUGUGAACUAACCUCUGUUUUAGCUAUAUGUAUAUUAUUCGUUAAAAGCAAUUAGUGUUUUUAUAUGUUUCUAUUCUCCAUAGGCCGGUUGUUCAAAGCUAGAUUAGCACAAAACCUGGGUUGUAAUUUAACCUGCUGUUUCAGUGGUUUGUGUAUUUCCGUAUGUCUGUUUAUCUCUGUCAAUACUUUAGAGAAUAAAACUUCUACCGAUGAAGGCAAAAUUUGCAUGUGGAUAUAUAUAUAUAUAUAUAUGAUUAUAUAUUAUAAGGAAAAGAUCAAAUAUACGUUUCUGUCAACCCACCAAAGACGUGGUGUCUUAAUAGCGGAUGAUUUUCGAGAUAAUUUUCAUAACUCCAAAUUCUGCGUUGUUUUUAAAGUACAAUAGGAAAAGUACAUUAGGGAUGUCAUGCCUACAAAUCCUCUCCCUCCAAGACGUCAUAUUGACUUCUUUUUGCAGAAACGUAUAUCAUCAAACUCUUCCCUAUAUGUUGGGAAAAUAGCUUUGAUGUUUUUCCCUAACCUAGAAUUAAAGGGAAAUGGCAAUAUAUAUUUUUAUUUUUUCAUUUGAAAGAACGUUUAAAACUAUAUAAAAUACUCUUUUACCGUUUUUUCGUAUCUUGCGUACUACAAAUAUUUUGAUCGAAAGGGAUGAAAUGUCUGUCAUCUUCAAUUUUUGUAGAUAUGCAUGUCACGUCACAACAGGGGUCACGCAAUAUUUUUAUCUAGACAACCACUAAUCAUUUUGCACUCAAACUAUACCGUAAACCUCCGAAUAUAAGCCCCCCCCCCCGUGUAUAAG